AGUUGCUUGUUAGACUUUAUAAACCAGUAUGUUAUCUAUUUACUUGUCUUCUAUAAUUUAUACAUAAUUUUAUAAACUGUUCAGUCACAAGCACUACUCACAAAUUUUUCUCUACAGUGACUACGCAGUUCAACAUACCUUUAGUACGGUUAGUUAACAAUUAACAACUAGUUUAGUAGCUUUUGUUUUGUUAUACCCAAUCCAUCUAUUGGACUUCUUUAAACGUUUGCUUCAGUGUAUUGAAAUUACUCAAAAUCUAAGUUAUUACUAUGGCAAGACCUAAAGUACUUGUUUCAAUGAAACUCGUUCCAGAAUUUGCAAUUGAUUUACUUCGUAAAAGAUUCGAUGUCGAAAUAUGCGAUUCCAUGCAAUCCACUCAAGCAGAAAUCAUGCAAAAAAUACCUGGAAAAUUUGCAAUAUUUUGUUGCCCAUCAAACAAAAUUGACGAAGAAGUAAUUAAAACUGCAGGCCCAAGUCUAAAGGUUGUUGGUACCAUGUCUGUGGGAUAUGAUCAUGUUGACUUAACUGCAAUGAAAAAAUAUGGUAUACGGUUAGGAUAUACACCAUAUAUUUUAACCGAAGCAGUAGCAGAAACAACAGUUGGAUUGUUGAUAUCAACAACAAGACGAUUUUUUGAAGCUAAUCAUGCAUUGAAAACAGGUGAAUGGAAAGAUGUAACACCUGUUUGGAUGUGCGGUAGAGGUAUUAGAAACUCUGUUGUUGGUAUUGUUGGAUGUGGCAACAUUGGAACAUCAAUUGCAAAAAAGUUGAACACAUUUGAAAUUUCUCAAUUACUGUAUACCAGUAGAACUGAAAAACCUGCUGCUAAAGCUCUUGGUGGAAAAUUGGUUACAAUUGAUGAGCUUGUAGAACAAAGUGACUUCAUAAUUCUUUCCGUCGCACUGAACGAGGACACAAAGUUUAUCAUUAACAAAGAACGCAUUGCCAAAAUGAAGCCACAUGCUGUUUUAGUAAAUAUUGGUCGUGGAGCACUUAUUGACCAAGACGCACUCAUUAAAGCAUUACAAGAAAAUAGAAUUGGAGGUGCUGGCUUAGACGUUAUGACUCCAGAACCAUUACCACUUAAUAACCCUCUGAUUAAGAUGAAAAAUGUCGUGUUGUUGCCUCACAUUGGGAGUGCUGCCAUUGAAACACGGACAGAAAUGGCUAUUGCCACUGCCAAAAAUAUAAUUGCUGUUUUGGAAAAUACCCCAAUGCCAUAUGAAGUGUUAGCUUAAUGGUUAUAGUCUAAUUAAAAUUGCAUAUAAAUAAUCUAUAUUUUAAAUGUUACAAGGUAUACAAAUUUAAUUAUU